AUGGCUGGCAAGGAAGCUGCGCAGCAGAGGCACCUUAACCAGGAUACUGAUGGUGAAGAAUCAGUGUCAGUGCAGCCCAAAGCCUGGAAGAUCCGCUCUGAGAAGUCCUGGCUGCACCGGAGCUGCUCCUCUCUGCUCCACAAUGACACGCAGGCUGGGAAGGCCGGGCAGCUGUUCUCGGGGCUGCUGGCCAUGAACGUGGUGUUUCUGGGCUGCGCCUUCAUCAGCAGCAUGGCUUUCAACAGGGUGGCAAUUACCUGGCGCGACGUCGGGAUCUUCCUCUCCAUCCUCAAGAUCCUGUCGCUCUGCUGGAUCAUUUACUACUUGCUGUGUACCAGCAGGAAGCCCCAUGCGGUGCUGUACAGGGACUCCCAUGCCGGGCCAGUCUGGGUGCAGGGGUCUCUAGUGCUGUUUGGAAUCUGUGCCAUCUUCCUGCAUGUGUUCAGGAUUGGAUAUGACAUCAGCCUCAUACAUUGCAAAUCCCAACUGGAAAUCCUGUUCCUGUGCAUAGAAAUCAUCUUUGUUUGUAUUCAGACAUACCUUUUAUGGCGUCACUGUAAGGACUGUACCCAAGUGCAGCACAACCUCACCAGAUGUGGGCUGAUGUUGACCAUGGCCACAGAUCUCCUGCUCUGGCUGUUAGCGGUGACCAACGACUCUAUUCACAGGGAAAUUGAAUCUGCGCUCAAAGUUGUUGUCUGGUCACCCUACAUCUUAAUAGCAACAGGCAACAAGACCAGCUCAUGCAUGUGUCCAAACACAACAGCCUGCCGCAUCUUCCAGAAGGGCUACAUCUUGCUGUACCCCUUCAACAUGGAAUACUGCCUCAUCGGCAGCUCCAUGCUGUUCGUCAUGUGGAAGAACGUGGGUAGGCACAUCCCUCCCCAACAGGCCAUUCAUGCCAAGCCCAAGUUCAAGCUCCGUGGCAUCUUUUACGGGCUCGUGCUGGGCAUAUCUGCAUUGUUGCUUGGGAUCUGCAUCUUCCUGACCUACCAAAUCCAGGCUACCACCUCAGCGCCUAGCCAGGAGGCCUUUGUGAUGUAUUAUUCCUACCAUGUCAUGCUUCUACCAACAAUGACUGUGAGUGCCUUGGCUGGGACGGUCAUCCAUCGCUUGGAAGAGCGUGAGCUAGAUACUCUGAAAAACCCAACCCGAAGCUUGGAUGUAAUCCUGCUUAUGGGAGCAGCCCUAGGCCAGAUUCUCAUUUCUUACUUCUCCAUUGUUGCCAUUGUGGCCACCAACCCCGGAGACCUGCUGAACAGACUCACCCUGACCUACGCGGUCAGCCUCAUCAUUCAGCACAUCACGCAGAACAUCUUCAUUAUUGAGGGGAUUCACCGGCAGCCUUUGGUGGAGGAUCCUGAAGGCGAGAAGCGUGAAGGCUGUGACCCAAGAAGAGUUUACCCACUAGAGAUACGAGAGGAGAUCAGGAGGGUUUCGCAUGCCAACAGCCAUACCUAUGGCCACCUGAACUGGAAGAGAAAAGCCCUAAAGGAGAUCUCAAUCUUCCUGGUCUUGUGCAACAUCAUACUGUGGAUCAUGCCCGCAUUCGGGAUGCACCCCGCCUUCGAGAACGGACUGGAGAAGUCGUUUUACGGUUACUCCACCUGGUUUGCCAUUGUGAACUUCGGCCUGCCCAUGGGCGUGUUCUACAGAAUGCACUCUGUCGGGGGGCUCCUGGAGGUUUAUGUGUCAUCCUGA